GAACGCAGUGUAUUAACGUUCCAAAAUAUUACAACUCGUAAUGCGCCAUCCAUUGUGACGUCGCUAUCAGUGUGUCGAAUUAUUGUUACGUCGCCAAAUAUUAACACAUUUACGUUCCAGGUAACUGAGCAACCUAACAUAAUUGUUAUGACUCACCCAAUCACACAAAUCAUACCAAGAGUGGUAGCAAGUGGGAUUUCAAAAUUGGCCCCCACCUUCCGGCAUUAUUUUUGCUCAUCUUGACCCAUGGAUCACAGAGACCUGAUCUUUCAUGAUCUUUACAAUUGAAGAUGAUGGCAUUUCAGCUGUGGGAUCCUUGGUCUCCAUUUGAUGAGAAUUUUCAGUGGGUUGGAUACAGUACGAAUUCCCUUGGGAAACUAGACAGAGCAGAGAUAAUACAGAUGCCCUCACCGUCAGACCAGGAGGUAGCCCUCUACCUGCAAGAUGACGUUGAAAUCGAUGACUGGAAUCUCUUGGACCUUCUUGGGGAAACUGGGAAAGUCACUCCCGAGAUGUGUUACACUUCAGAAACUGACUACGACACUACUGUAGUCAUACAUAAACCUCACCCCAUCAAACUCAGCUCUGUUGAUGCAGUAUUUGGGAGAGCCAUCACCAGCAGAGCACCAAAACUAGCGGGGGGCUUCCAUGCUUCAGAAGGUUCAGCUUUCACCAAGAUCGGCGUCAGUUCCCCCAUGCCCACUUUAACUGCACGGUAUAAAAUUAACUUCAUCGUGAUGAUUUACAGACAAUUAUUAAGAGUCGUCACCUUAAUUUACACAGCUUACCAGAAAUGUUUUUACGUGUUACAACAUCAAAUUUGAUACUUGCAAAACAUGUUUCUUAAAAGACUUUUUUUUUUCAAACUUAAAACGAAGUAUUCUUUAAUUGCCACUGCAACUCUCUAUUGAUCCUUUCAGCCAGGGCAGAGUACAGGCUGGCCUUUUCUGCAACUGAAGUUACUGGGUAGGAUAUGGCUGUCUUUUCUCUUAGAGGUAUGAGCUUGUGAGGCAUCAUAACGGUUUCAACCUUGUCCUUUUAAGCAUGUUCCUUCGAAAAAAAUCAUGCACUGGGCAAGGAGUGGCUUAACAUUAAGUUGCUACCCCUUGCUUUGUGUGUUCAGGGAAAGUUACAUGAGGAACAGGAUGAAUUGUGUAAUUUCAGUAUUUUCUUUGUCUCCUAGAAUUGAUCAACAACCCUAAGCCAUGCUUGGGUGUAAUGACAACUGUCUUUACUUAGACAAAACACAGUCAAAUAGGGUAAAAUUCAACAAACUAUUUUAUAUAAGACAAUUUAAAAAAUCAAGUUUUAAAGAAAACAGACUUUAGAUACAACCAAAAUAAAACUGGCAUUUUUUAUUA